CGCAGAUAUUAUACACCAUGCAGCUUUCAUAAAGAAAUACCAAGAAAAUGAUCACAAAGUCAAUAAUAUUCCAAUGAUUGUGUAACAAUGUCAAGAAUUGGAUUGUAGGUCAGUCCAUAGUUUGUCAGGAGCUGGUCAAAUUGACCGUCGGGACACCUUGAAACUCGGGGCGACUUCGGCAACAAUUGAUCCACUUCUUCACAUUAUCCGUCAAUUUCUGGCCCCCCGGCCCCCCACAGAUGAUGGCAUAGGCAACCACGUCGGCCAAUGUAACGUCGUCUCCAGCCAGAAACUGACACGAUCCGAGAUGAGAGUUCAGGCGCCGUAAAACCGACAAUUUCUCCUUUGAACUUCCGAAAAUGUACGUCCCGGUGACUGCGUCCAGCCAGCUGUCAACCAAUGCAGACUGCUGGUGUCCGCUUCCCUCGUAGAGCUCGGGGCAAAACAGUCGACAAACGUAGCGGGAAAUGUUUGCGAUGCCGCGUACCGGAGUCUGGUUGUGUGGAGAGACGACCAUCGUAGGCUGCGGGCACGAACUUGAAGACUUCCAGAGAAGUGUGAUCCUGAGGACUGGGUCAUGUGACUGCGGGAUACUCUUCCAGAACUCCAUCAGUUGGGAGGAGACCUGUCCUGCUAUGCUGGAGUGUAGGUGGACGCUGCAGGCCAGAGGAACUCCGCGGGCGGCGAGACGAUGACAGAGAGAGAGGAGGGGGUACGGAGGGUCCGAGGGAGGACAGCUGAUUACCACGUCUGGAGCCACGCCCCCUGGGGCAGCCGCAGCCUGUGGUAGAAUUCCAACUUCUGCAGGACUGACUCCAAGACUGUCUCCGAGAUUUUUGACUCUCUCCUGCAGCUGGCUGAUCUGGUUCAGAACCCAGUCCUGUCGCUGCUCUAGAUAGCUGAGGGCCGAGCCCACAACCUCAUCGGCUCCAGUCUUCAUUCCAGUCAGGUUGUGGAGCGGUUUCAUCUGGUACAUGCAGUUGGGCAGUCGCACCUUCUUGAUCUCAAAGUAGGGCCUUACUCGAUACAUGGGAGGAGGCUCCAGGACUGUACCAACAGCUGACAUCUUUCCGUUCUCCACACGGGGGUUGGUCUUUCAGGCUAAUCAAGGGGGCAACCAAAAGAUGGAGAAGGGCGCGGCUUCAAACGGAACGGCACGCGGUCGAGAGAGGCCACGUGUAAAUGACGCACAACGUUAAUGACGUAAUCAAGUUCAAAGUUCGAAAAUCGGAGGACAGGCUGUGUACCGGUUGUACCACUACAUGUGCAGGAUCGCGAUGAAUACAUUCGGAAGUGCCUUUACGGCCCAUGGAAGAAUGACUUCUCGUUUUCCUCGGGGCAUGGUGAUCCUUGCGGGCAGCUCCUGCCGGCCGCUGGCGACGAAAGUUGCCAGCAUGGUGGGUGUUGAUCUGUGCAGCACAGAACUACAAAUGGAUGCAGGAGAGUGUCAAGUGGCAAUAAAUGAUAGUGUCAGAGGAAAAGAUGUGUUCAUAUUCCAGACUGGGUCGUGGGCACGCUCUGACGAGGAGGAAGACAGCAAGCUCUCGGUCAAUGAUAUUCUCAUGGAGAUGCUCAUCACGUGCUACGGUUGCAAGACAGCGGCAGCCCGAAGAAUCAUUGGAGUCAUACCCUACCUGCCAUACAGUAGACACUGUAAGAUGCGGAAGCGAGGCUGCAUCACGGCCAAACUGAUAGCUGGCAUGAUGUGCAAGGCGGGCAUGCAUCAGCUCAUCACACUGGACCUGAAGCACAAGGAGAUUCAGGGAUUUUUUGAUUUCACUGUCGAUAACCUCCGCGGCUCGCCAUUUCUCAUCAAACACAUCAGAGAACAGAUCUCGGAUUACAGGAAUGCGGUGGUCGUUGCACGGAGUCCAGCAGUGACUAGAAGAGCCAAUGCCUAUGCGGAGAGACUGCGACUGAGUCUGGCUGUCAUCCACGGAGAGUCCAAAGAUGGAGAGCCGCCCGAAGAGGAAGAGGAGGAGGACGAUGGGAGGACUUCACCUCCGCCCGUCUGCCACACCCACAGCGACCAGUCUCAUCCCUGGAGCCUUGCAAGUGGUAAAGGAGAAGCCACCCAUGACAGUUGUAGGAGACGUCCAUGGGAAAAUUGCACUCAUGAUUGUGAGUAUCAUGCAUGCACAUGCCGGUCAUGUGACUGUCACGUGAUGCAGGAUGAUGUCAUUGAUGACUUGGACCACUUGAUGGCAGCUGCCAAGUGUCUGAAGGAGAGGGGAGCCUACAGGGUGUGUGUGGUGGCCACUCACGGAAUAUUCACCAAGGCUGCCACAGAGCUUCUGGAACACUCGGACAUUGAUGAGGUUCUGGUGACCAACACUAUCAUGCAUGACAUUGACGAGAAAAGGUGCAGCAAGAUUAGGACCAUUGACAUCAGCAUGCUCCUAGCAGAGGCCAUUAGAAGGAUCUACUACGGGGAGUCAAUGUCCCAACUGUUUAGGAACGAGCUGUUCAUGUAACACACACCAUCCACCCAACAUCAACAUCACUGUCGUAUUUUUUACAACCCCUCUAUAUUAAAGUUAUCAUAGACUGGAUGGAGUUAUAUACCCACGAUAAUUGUUUAGAAACACCAG